AUGAUCUCCUCAUUCGUCCUGCUGGGCGUGGUCCUGGUUGUCUACGCGGUGUUCCAAGUCAUCAACGGCUUGCGCACGAAUAUUGCCAAGGCUCGUCAAUCCGGCGUUCCCUAUAUUGUCGUCCGUAAGUCGAGAGAGACCUGGGGUACAUACACUGUCUGCCGCGCCGUCGCUGACUCGCAUAUGCACAGCCAUUGCGCCCUUCAAUCGGGUAUGGCAAAUGACAUGGCCAUCUUGGAGCCGGAAUGGUCCUUCCGGGAGCUCAACGAGCCGUACCGGCGGCUGGGCGAGAGCUUCAUCGUCGUCUCGCCGGGCCGCAUGAUCAUGUUCACCCAGGACGCCGACGUGAUCCGGCAGGUGGCGGCGCGGCGCGAGGACUUCCCCAAGCUGACGUCGACGUACGAGCUGCUGGCGCUGUUCGGCAAGAACGUGCUCACGACCGAGGGCCAGCUGUGGCGCAUGCACCGCAAGGUCACGAGCGCGUCGUUCAACGAGCGCAACGCGGCGCACACGUUCGCCGAGGCCAUCCACCAGUCGCAGGGCAUGGUGGACAAGUGGCUGCGCCAGGGCGGCGGCACGACCAUCACGUCGAUCGAGCACGACACCAUGACGCUGGCGCUCAACAUCAUCGGCUACGUGGGCUUUGGCCUGCGCUUCCUGUGGCCCGGGCAGAGCCUGCCCGCCGACAUGGACCCGCGGCUCAAGAAGUACGGCUCUCUGACGCCGCCGGCGGGGCACUCGAUGACGUUUGCCGAGUCGCUGGCCACGGUCCUGGAGCGGAUCGUCGUGCUCUUGCUGACCCCGAAGAAGCUCCUGGGCAUCCUCCCGUUCAAGGCAGUCAAGGAGGCAGCAGAGGCGGACAUGAACUACAGGCAGUACAUGAAGGAGUUCCUCGCCGACAAGAUCGAGGACGUGCGGCGGGGCGACCGCGGGGAGGGCGGCAUGGACAUCAUGGGCCAGCUGGUGCGGACCAAGUACGGCGACAAGACGGGCAAGGAGCCCGACUUUGACGACGACGACAUCAUCGGCAACGCCUUCAUCAUCACGGUGGCGGGCCACGAGACGACGGCCAACGUGCUGCACUUCACCCUGCUGGAGCUGGCGACCAAUCCGGCGGCGCAGCGGCAGCUGCAGGCCGACAUCGACCGGCUCUUUGGCGACUCGGACCCGUCGACGUGGGGGUACGAGCAGAACGUCAACGCCAUGCUGGCCAGCAUGCUCGGCGCGACGAUGAACGAGACGCUGCGCACGAUGCCGCCCGUGGUGGGCGUGCCCAAGAUCGUGUCGCGCGCGGGAAACCCCGUGGUGACGGCCAGCACGGGCGACAAGCUGGCGCUGCCGGCGGACAUGACCGUCAUCCUCAGCGCCGUGGCCGUGCAGCGCAACCCGCGCUUCUGGCCGAGCCGCCCGAGCAGGCUGACGGGCGCGCCCACGGACCUGGACGACUACCUGCCGGAGCGGUGGUUCCGCACCGAAGACAAGGCGGGAGGAGCCGCUGGCGCUGCCGCCGCCGACGCGAUGGCGGACGAGGACACGGAGGACUACGGCGGGUUCAAGGGCCCGGACACGAGCGCGCAGCUGUUCCACCCGUACCGGGGCAGCUUCAUCCCCUUCUCGGAGGGGGCGCGCAGCUGCCUGGGGCGGCGGAUCGCGCAGGUCGAGAUCAUCGCGGCGCUGGCGGUGGUCUUCCAGCGGCACAGCCUGGAGCUGGCCGUCGACGGCGAGGGGAUCGGGGUCGGCGACGGGCAGGUCGCGGCCAUGGGGCGGCCGGAGAGGGCGGCGCUGUACCAGCGGGCGCAGGCGCGGUGCCGGGAGACGCUGCGGGGCGCGACGACGCUGCUGACGCUCAAGCUGCACGGCAGCGCGUACGUGCCCGUGAGGCUCGUCAAGAGGGGCGAGGAGAGGUUUGUCAACUUUGUGGAUGCGUGA